CAUGCACUUUGAAACUCUGAAAGACACAGGAAAAUGCCUUGUUCGUGUCGAUGACCAGCACGGUCCGAGGAAGUGUCGCUCCCCCUCCGCAGCCAACAUCGCGUUCCCACAACUUACUAACUGUAACCCGUACGUCUUCGGACUGUGGGAGGAAACCCACGCGGUCACUGGGGAGAAUGUACAAACUCCGUACCACCAGCGGCAGAAGUUGAACCCUGAUUGCGAUCACUGGCGCUUUCUAAUAGCCUCCGAAGAGGUCAUGUCAACCUGACCUCCUGCUGGAAGAACUGAGCGGUCCGAGCAGCAUCCACGGUGGUCUGUUGGACUCGAAGAGGAGAACAAAAGAAAAGAGGAAGUGUUUGUGGUGCUGAUGCAAGGGUUCUGUCCGUGUGUCUGUGCCUUCUAGAUGUUGCCCUGAGACGGACCGGGAACAACAUGAUGAACGACCAGGAGGAGGAGGAGUUCAUCACCGUGAGGGUGCAGGAUCCACAGGUGCAAGAUCCAGGCUCUUGGGCCCCCUAUAUCGAUUAUAAAAUAUUCCUCUAUACAAACAGCAAGGCAUUCACGGUGAAGACCUCCUGCGUGCGGAGACGCUAUCGGGAGUUCGAGUGGCUGAGGCGCCGGCUGCAGAAGAACGCCGGGCUCGUAUCUCUCCCGGAGCUGCCGGGGAAGAGGCCGUUCCUGCAGGUCGGUGACGCUGAAAGCAUAGAGAGGAGGCGGCAGGGUCUGCAGCAGUUCCUGCAGAGUUUUGUCGUUGGCUCCCCUGAACCUGGAGGACUGGCCGAUCACUCUGUCUGACCUCUACCCUUUGACCCUGUUUGGCACUGCGUGACCCGACCGAGAGCCAGAGCUCAGGGCCCCGGCUCCAGCCAGCGUAACUCUCCGGGUCAGCGAGGUAGGCAGACCUCCGAACCCCUCUGUAAGAUGGUGGUCCCCACCUUGGAAGACUCUCCCCUGUACUUCCCUCCAUUCGGGUUAAAGUGCUGACCUCUCAACAGGAGCAAUAAAGAAUGCAGGGAGCCUUGAAAAUAAUCACACUUGCAAAAAGCUUCGAGGGGCUCCGUUUAGGUCUUUGAGAGAGCACAGAGGGAGGCCCUUCAGCCCAUCUAGUCUGUGCCAGGACCACUAAUCUGCCUAGACCCAUUGACCCGCUCUUGGACCAUAACAGCCCUCCCCCAUACGCCUCCCACCCAUGUGCUUAAUACAAACUUCCCUUCAAUGUUGAAAUUUAUCUGGCAUGCUCCACUUCUGUUGACAGGUCACCACGGCUUCCCAUGAUCCUGGUUGGGUUGGGGGGGGGGGGGGGGUUUAAUCAGGAGCUACACCUUGCCCGAGGGUGACCGGCAAGCUAGCAGAGGGAAGGGGCACCUCUCGCCUCCUCUGGUAGAGACAUAUCUCUGCCCUGUUGUUCCGCCCCUCAAACCGUCCCUUCCCGCCCGCGUAGACCUUCAUCCGCGUGUCCAUCAACUGUUCAGUGAGAUGUACGCCUCCCAUCAAAUCAUCCCUGAUUCCCCUGUGCUCUCGGGAACAACGUUCUCACCUGUAACUUCGGCCCUCAAGUCCCGCCAGCAUCCCUGUAAAUUUUCUCUGCCUACUUUCAAUCUUAUUGACAUCUUCCCUGCAGGUAGCUGCUGGCAAUACUCCAAAUUAGGCCUCACCUGCAUCUUGCAUAACUUCGCCACGGCAUCGCCACUCCUGUGCUCAGUGCUCAGGCCAAAGCGCUCCUCUUUACCGCCCACUUUCAGGCAACCGUGGACCCGUACUCCCAGAUCCCUCUGUUCUGCCGCACUCCUCGGUGCCCUACCCUGGCGUCCAGCGCGUCCGCUGGCGCAAGCGGAAAUCCCUCCUGAAGUCCGCCGUGUCUUCUGUCCGGGUUCGUAUUUGCAUAUAUAUUCGCCAACGGGAAGGGGCGACAGACGCGUUCGGGGACGCGAGGAGAGCUUUGUUAGAGCUGGCACAAAUGCAGCGCAGAAAGAAAGACGAAAUUCUGUAACGGUAUGUAGUACCGUACAUGGUGACGUAUAAACUUUGUAAUUUGGUACGCUUGUUGUGCAUGUGACGUGCAUGUUCUACGUUCUAUAUGACCCAUCUGUUGAGCAGGAUAAACAGAUAGUUUGUGUUCUGCCUACUUCAAUUCAGUUAAUCAGGACACACCGGGUCCACUAUAUUUUGGCCUAAUUAACUUUGCCCCAAAGUUUCUCGGAAAGAGUUAAAAACGUAUAUAAAGAAUCACAAACUGAACAACAAAUUAUGAAUUACAGAACAAAUCGGAGGACUAUCAUUACUGUAACAGUGCUAUAAAGCUGUAUAUUAG